GGUCUGUGUAACCACAGUCAAUAGAAAAACUCUGGUCUGGAAGCCUUUUGUUCUAACUCUUUAUCCUUGAAAAAAAGUAUUUUUAACCGCGAAGACAGCAACUCUACCACCAGCAACACUAUUCAAAACCAAAUUCUUUCAGACAAGCAACAUAUUUAGAACAGCAAUAUUCAAAACCAAAUUCUUUCAGACAAGCAACAUAUUUACAACAGCAAUCGUAACACGACAAAAUUAUCUGUAAUUGACGUUAUUCUAACCAGAAUCUUCAUUUGUUGAUCUUCAGACCAAGGGUUUAUAUACACAACGCUUCACUUUUCCCUGUUUACAAAAAAAAUGAAAGUGGACUGUUUGCAUUUGACUUAACGAACAAUGAAAGUCGCAGGAAACAAUAAUAAAAUUAUUGAUAGUUACGCUUACGUCCCGACUCAUAUCACUAAAAGUUCAUGCAGUAUAUUUUGAAGAUGUUGAUGUCAAAGAUAUGAAGUUUGGUAGAACCUGUGCUCUUGUAGCAACAUCAGAGCCACUCCGUAAGACAUUUAGCCGAUUUUGAAAAUAUAUUUCAUGAUGCUCACUCAAGAUAAUAAACAUAUCAACAGUUUUUUGGUUGUACAGAACUUGAAAAAAAGUCGUCUUUCCAUCUAGCAGUUUUGGAAUCGAUCUACAUACAAACGAGAAAGCCGCCAUUGUGUAGACAGAAGGAGUUCGUUUUUUCUCUUGGAAUCUAGUGGUAAUUUUUCUUUAAGCACGCGCCACUGAUUGGUUAACUAUACCGGUCCUGUGCUUGCGUUUUUCUGAUUGGCCUAUUUCGAUCCACAACUGGGUAUAUAUUUUUCAUCGUUUUCUUUGGGACCCUUAUUCUGAGAAAGUGUCUGAGGAUUGAUGUUUUAUGCUCUGAGGAGUGUCAGAGGAAAAAGCUUUUAGCCAAUAUGUUUUAAAAUGUUUGCUUUUUCAAUGCCAAAAUAAGCUUACCAUAAUCCGGUAAUAGAAAGCACACGCUUUACGAACAGAUGCAGAGAAAACUGGCACGUUUUCCAACUCGGGACCUUAAACCGCAUGGGCAGUAGAAAAGUUACCCAGGUUCAACCCUGUUUUGCAUUUACACUAAAUUUUUCAAAACGAACCCGGAUCUAGUCGGCCUGGGUUGAGUCGGCCCAGACUGAGUCGGCCCGGGUUGAGUCGCCAGGGUAGAAAUCACACUUCAGUUGCUUCUUUUGGUCGCUCUAUAAACUUCCACAUCAUAGAUGGAGAAGGGGUGCUUAAGCCCUCCACUUGAUGCAAAAAAUGCAACUUUUUAAGAAGUAAACCACUAGUAAAGAUACUUUUUUUUCGGUUUUAGCAACUCCCUUUUUUAAACGCCUAUUUUCGGAAUCUAGCAGUUUGAAACUCUUAUUUGCACUUUUAUAUUUGUUUUUGGUUUGCUCAAGAUGUCUUUCAUUUUCAUAAUUGCAUUUUUGACAUACCUAUACGCCUUUUGAUGUCCUUAUAUCCAGCUGUCAAGAAACUUUCAGCAAUCUUCAAGCUGUAUGACUUGUGUCCUUAUUUUGAGGUUACAAUGAAGUGUCACUCCUUUCUUCACAAUGACCAUGCAUUCUGUCAUUAUACAUAUACCAAGCAGUGUAUAUAUAGUUUGCAAGUUCAAUCUUAUUAUUGGAUAAAUUUGAAAGGUGAAGGCGACUCAUCCUGGAAUAUCGCAUUUGAAAAAAAUAACUCGAGAGAGCAUCAUCAAAUACAUUUGUGAAAGCAGGUAAAUGUCUUACAAAUUGGCUGUGGUAUGGAGACAAGAGCACAACCUCUUUCAAGGCAACUCCGUUAGCAACCUCAAAUCUAUUGACUACCUCUUCUAUUGAAUAAACUUCAAGUGAUAUGAGUCGGGACGACAGGCCAUAAAUUUUUAAGAGAAACUGUUUAUAUUUUCAACAGUAUUUUCUAAAAUUUUCACUGUUUGUUAAAUUAAAAAGGAAAUGGUCCAUUUCAAAUUCUUUUGUAAACAGGUUAAAUAUGAAGUGUUGUGUUAAACAUAAACACUGAGUCUAAAGCUCAGUAAAUGAAGAUUCUGGUGAAAAUAACGUAAAUAAUUGAAAAUUUAGUCAUGUUACGGUUUUAUUUCUAAUUAUGUUGCUUGCCUUUCAGAACUUUGUUUUGAAUAGAGUUGCUGGUGGCAAAUGCUUGUUAUAUAAAGCUGUAAUCGUUCUUCAGUUCAAAUGUUGUCGAUGACUUGUAAAAGCGCAAUACGAACAGCAAUUUGAGUUCCGAUGCGACGAAAAUUUGCACUAAAUGCCAUCUUCUGCUACAGUGUGACUGGACAACAAGAACAUCUUCUGUGCUUGCAGCAAUUGAUUCAGUGUGAAGAUACAUCUCAUCCACAUCUCAUGUAUAGCACAGAUUUCUGGCAAACUUUAAUUGAAAAUCAUUUCCUUGAUCGAGAGUCAACUUAAUGCAAGGGAGAUUGAUUGGACAUUAUCGAAUACUGAUCACGUGAAAAGAAAAGUUAAUAUCACACUGUUUCUGACGAUACAAGACCAGUGCUUCCCUGACACACACUUUGUAUAAAAAUGAACACGACAUUGGCACCAGUUUCUGCAUGCAAAAGUAUUACCCCAGAUGUGUCUCAGUUGUCCAAAUCCCAUAGACUUGCAAUGUUCUCCUUCAAUGCAGCACUGAUACCAAUUACUUUAGUUUCCAACAGUGUCGUGAUUAUAGGCCUACUUCGAUCUAAAUCAUCCGGCUCAAAGUUGUUGAUCGUUUUUCUUUGCAUAACAGACCUGUUAGUUGGUGUUUUAUUAAUGCCUCUAAGUAGUGCCUAUAUUCUCUCUCCAGUGGUACAUAGCAGCUGCAAGGCAAAGUCUGCCAUACAGUUUCUGUCCCACACCUUUCUUUUGUUAGACUUUACAACUGUCUUAGCUAUCGGCAUUGAACGGCUUAUAGUUUUAAAGUAUCCGAUGCAAGACUUGUUUUUUCGAUGGCAAGCCGUUCGUAAGUACGUCCUGAUGUGUACUAUUUUCUGGGUUCUGCUUUUUGCUUCAAUCGUCAUUCUUGUAACAAAUAACAGUGACGUCUACUACGCCGUCAAAUUUGCGUCUUUCGCUAUCUAUGUGGCUAUUUUAGUAACGUUAGUAAGCUGUUAUGCGAUAGUCUGUCGCCAUGUGCGAAACAGUGUGAAAAAGUUGUACAACGGAAAUGACAACCAUAUACAGUCAAGAUCUAGACAACUCAGACAUGAUAUGGCCCUAGCAAGAUCAGUCAGCGUCAUUCUUUCUUUCCAGCUUUCAAUGUGUACACCAUAUUUCAUUACUAUGCUUUUCUGGAAUUGGGAGAUGUUCAAAUUUGGGAAACCAAAACAGCUCUCAAGCACGAUCCUGGUUUGGACAUUUUUGCCGUUGCUUAUAAAUUCAAGUGCAAACGCAUUUAUUUACUCGUAUUACAAUAGACCGUUAAGACAGUAUUUUGUGCAAACAUAUUCCUGUCUGUUUCGAUUCAUUCCAAGAAGAAAAGAGACAAGAGGUAAUACUAACGAAGAGGGAAAUACUAAAAAGACUAAAGAAUCUAGGUUAUAAAUUUAUAAACACAGUACAAGGCACCAACCGCGGAAGUGACAGCUAUGAAAAUGAUAGUCUCACAGAGAAAUGGCACACAAUUGCAUAAAUUGAAGCCGCUAAAAAGAAACUGCUGCAUGAAAUCUAUAGGACUGUUCGUUCCACGUACAUACAUUUAAGUUUGGAAUAUUAUUUGGAAUAGUAUAAACAUAUAUUAAAGUAUUAUUAUACUCGACUUUUGUAGGGUCCAGGCCCUCGACGUGUUGGCCACGUCACGCAUUGUUAAUGUAACUUCAUUCUGCUAGAGUAGUUAGAGAGAGGUCUUAUUGUUACGGACUGAUAGUGUGGCUAUUCGUCAAGAAAAUUGAUUGAAUUCGUUGUAAAUAGUUUUUUAUGUUAUUUGACUCACGCACCACACCAAGAAGAUACUAGAGCUGAGUGUUUAUUGCUCAAUAGCGGAAACGUAUUCAGAUACACAUCUGUAUUCACUCUGCAUAAGCUUGUUCACGUUAUUUUUCUACUCAUUCAUUUCUUAACAUUCUCAUGACCUCAUCUCAUUAAACAGGUAUCCUCUAAGUUUCUAAAACAAAACACAUUCGCUAAUCUUUAUCCUUAGAGGGCCUCUCCAGCCAAAAAAAAAAAAUUUUUAUUGACUAAAAAGUUAGCAUCUAGUGCAUGUGUUAUGGCAAAGUCGUUGUUUUUGCAAAAUUCCAAUUAGUUUAGAAGUUAUAAGGCUUUAAAGUUGCACCUUUCCGAGAAAAAAACGACAAAAGCCGAAUCAGUUUUGUGACAUUCUGACGUCACAAUGUGCGGCCCUCGUUCGCCAUGAAUUUCGUAUAUCUUCCACCGAAUCGUGAAGGAGUCAUGGUCACGCGUUGAUAACGGCAUCUAAAUCUAGAGCAGGAGCUUUUUAGGAUCGAAAAUAUAAAAUGUUUACAAUCAUUCUAAGUUUGCGGGUCGGAAUGUGUCCAUGCUGUGUCACGACUUUGUUUUGAUCACCUGUGUAGGCCCACAAAGCUACGGCUUCCUGUUCUAGCUCUUCCUUCGCGUAUAAUUAAUCGAAAUUGACACUUCAGUUGUUCUCCAGAAACGAUGAACAACUAAAGGCUUCAGAAUUGACAUUUGAAAUGCUCAAACUAAAAAGCCGGUGGAACAGAACUGAGAGUACCAUCACUUGCAGUGUUCAAUUUGCGAAUCGCCGUCGUUCGAUUCGGUUUGAGGCGAGACUAACAAAAUACACUGUGACGUCAAAAUUGCGUCACAGUGUCACCAAACCGAAAAUUUUUUGUCGGUAAAUUCAAUUCAAUUAUCGAAAUGCAAGAGCUUAUAUCUCACAAACUGUAAAAAAAAUCGAAAAACAAAUAACGAAUUCGUGAUCAGCAGGUUCAACUCCUUUAGAUUAGCCAAUAAAAUGCAAGUGCAAAAAAUUGGCUGGAGAGGCCCUUUAACUUUCUGUUUGCUACGUUAUUCAUUUCACAAUUCUUAACUUUAUCCCUGUAAAUUUGAGAAUAUAGUGAUCAUAUAUCGUAAUUAGUAUAGCUAAGGAUGCUAAUUUUUUGAAUUGGAUGUUCCAUCCAGCUCAACAAAAAUUCCGACAGCCAAUCACGUGCACGUAGAAUAAAACACGUAGAAUAUAACAGUUUUUGUUGUCUAGUUGCACUGAAGCAGAAGCUGAAGCUGGCAAGAUGAUUAAAUGGAAUUACACCAGAAUCAAUUAUCGAAAGGCUUUUGAGCUUUAAACAAUUCGCUUGAGAUUUUUACUAUUUCCUAUUCAUUAUGGUCUCAUGUGCCCUCCUUUCUCACGUUUUUCUUGUAUCUACUCUACCAGUUAAUGGACAAUGCGGGAGUCUUUCGGCCUCCUGAGGACUUGACUUAUAAAGCUAGGGUGAGGUUUGUGUUUUGUCGCGUUUUCAUUCCCUUUGUUAAUCUAGGGGUAUUUGCGGUUUUGAUAAAGUAUGGAUCUCGCCUUGCUUGCAUUUACCUCAUUCAGUUUUGAUUCUCAACCAUAGACGUUUCGAUGAGGGCUAGCUUUCAGAUAAGUCUAUUGAUUACCCGCCAGGUAUGCGUUUCUCUACUGAUAAAUCAAAUAUAUUUUCUAACUAUUUUAGAUAAUGCUUCGGUGUUUUUGCAACUUUACCUGAUACUGGUACGAAUUUCAGUGUUCGAGGUUCGUUCGUAGAAAUCUUUUUUUUGUCACCUCUAUGGCACCAAACUUGGCUAAAAUUCAAACCCACCCCUGAGUCUCACCGGGAAACACAAAAAAUCAAUGCAAUGUGAUAACUCAGAACAUGAUUUGCUACAACAAAGUUAAAUACAAAUUAGUAGUUGAUGAAGUGCUCCAGCUUUCUCAGUGAACUUUUUCGCUCAUGUUGUAACUGCAGAUAAUCGCUCCACAUUCAUUUCAUAAUCCAAAUUUCUUCAGUAGAAAUUAUUCACGGCCUCGUUAGCAAUACUGUUUUUAGAUCGCCAAGACGGAUAGAUAGGUUUAAUGUUUUGAGUUUUCCUGACCCAGUCUGUAGCUUGUGUCCCUUAAUAGCCGUUAUUCUAUUGUUCCUGGCGAAAAUUAUAAACAGCAUUUGAAGUUUUGUUUAUUGAUGGUGUUCAUGCCUGGAGAUUCAAAUUUUUGCAAACUACACAAAGUUUUAAGCUUACAGUAAACAUUUUUCCAUUUUUCCAUUUUUCGAUUAUUUCUCAUUCAAGAAGCCGUAAUUUCAAGGCACAGAAUGAUACCAAAUUUGAAACUAACAGGUAUUUUGAAAAUGGAGAAAAUCCCAUCUAAACGAAGGUUUCAAUAAUUUCCUUAUCAAAACUUUUAUUUGAGGCCUGAAAAUCUCUUGACCUGUUAAGCCGAUUAUCAUUGCUUUGCAGUUGUGGUCGCAUGUCUCAUUCACAAUAUCGCAUGGCACAUAUAUGUAUCCCAUCUAUGGCUGUGUUUAUUCAAACAGGCUUAAUGAUCUUAAAGCUUCAAGUGACUUGACCCGGAUUACACUGUGGUUUCAAGUGACUUGACCCGGAUUACACUAGUGUCCCUUGCAAGUGCAAUUAGUAAAACCCCAUUUGCUCUAGAAUUCCAUUUUCUCUACAUACAGGUACGAAAAAGCUUUUUUGGACCCAAGGAACCAAUCGAAUGGCCCAAAACUUUGCACGCAGCCAGGACAUAUCUCGGGUACGAAAAAGCUUUUUUGGACCCAAGGAACCAAUCGAAAGGCCCAAAACUUUGCACUUAGCCAGGACAUAUCUCGGGUAAGCAAAGUAUCUGAAAAUUUUUAUAUAUGCUCUGGUCC